AUCACGAUGAGCGACAUUCAAUCGAAGGAAGGCAAGUCGAUCAAUGAAGGCGACCAUGUCUACACCAAGAUUCGCGGCGGCCGACAUGAAGGCGAUGUCGAAAAAAUUGUGACUACGGCGGAUGAGGCAGCAGCCGAGGGAGUCAAGAAUCCGCCAAAGGUGCUUUUUACCGAUCAGAAGGGCAAGGCUGUUGCUCACAAUCCGGAGACCCUCGAAAAUAUGAGCGCGGAAUAGAGAGUACAAUUAUUCUUCACUAUUCCCCCUUGUCUUGCAGACUUGGAGCUAUGAGAUUACCGUCACAAACCUGCUUCUUUUGUCGAACUGGCCCUGGUGGUCAAUCAAGCAAGCUUUGCUCUUCGUAGUUGCUGGUAAUCAAAAUGCUGGUAGACUUUAGCCGCCACAAAGAUAAAAAUCUGGUUUACAAGGCGACUCAAACUCAUGUAAUUGUGACUCUUUUGGAGCUUUAGCUCAUGACACAAUUGCGAUUGAAGUGGUGUUCACCUUUGACCUGAAGGUCCAGCACCCUUAUCGCCAUCUCUGCAUCUUCAUCCGUCUCGCACACCAAUAUCCUCGGGCAGUUAUUGGCAAAUAGAGAGCAAAUCACCGCUUCCUCUCUCAUUCUUCUCCCUAUCAAUCUC